UUUCCAUCAGCUGUUGGACUCUUCUUUCUUCACUCUCAAACCGCCGCACCACGACCGGCCAUCCCUUCUCCACCUCAAACCGCCAGCGCAGGGGGCACCACCGCCGUCAGCCAUCUCUCUCGCGCUUAGCUCACCUGUCACCCUCACUCCGUCUCUCUCACACGCAUUCCAUACUCGACUGUCCACCCCCCUCUGUCUCUCCCGCACAGAUCAUAGUUCUGCGGUUGGAUUUAAGUUGCAAGGAUUCAAUGGGUACUGAAUUUGAAACAGUUGAGGGACGAAUAAAUUCUAUGCUUCCACAACUCCAAUAUGAGCGUGGAAUCCUUGAAAGGUUGGUAUACAAGAAUAAGAAUCAGCACCGCCGUUGUUCCUAUUUCCAGCAUCUUUUGAAGGUGAGGAGGGAUUUAAGACUUCUGCAGUUGGCAAAAUUGGAGGAGCUUGUAACAUCAUGUUUCAAUGUUAUCAAAGGAGAUAGACCAAAACAGAAGAUACACCUAUUAGAGAGCUUGAAAAGGAGUUCUGCAGAAAAAAAAAGCUUGAAAAGGAGAAAAUGCAAUGAUGAAAAGCCGAAUUUUCUGGAGCGUCUUUUAGGAUCUGCACGACUACUAACAGAGAUGGUUGAACCAAUACUGAAGGCUGCAACUGAGAUAUCUGUAUUGUUCGCUCGAUCGUUUUUUAUGGGAUUGUCUGUGACAAUUAUGGCUUUGCUAGCGCGUCUACGAGUUCUGGUUCAACAAAUAUUACUCGAUGUUGUUUAUUUGUUCAACACGGUUUCUUCCCUGUCUAAAAAGAAGCAAUCAGUAAAAAUAACUCAUGAUGGAAUAGAGGUUUUUAGAGAGUUCUACCCUAUUAGUGAUGAUGAUGAUGAUGAUUAUGUUACAUUAGAGUGUGUCUGGAAAUCAGAUAAGUAUAUAUUACAUGAGAGGAAGCAUAAAUAUAAAAGGGAGAAUGAAAGUCAAGGUGAAGACUCCGGUGAAAAUCUUUCUGUUCAAGCAUCAGGUGUCAACUAUAACACUAUCGAGUCUAUUCUUGGGGAUGACGAACUUGACCCAGAGAGAGUUGAAAAAGAUGCUGCAGCUGAACAAGAUUCUUCUCAUGUCAAGAAUAUGAAUACUGAUUUGUUGCCAGGUUUGUUGCAAAUCGAUGAAGUUAAAGAGACUGUGUUUAGUAGUAUUAAGGAAGAAGGAGGAAAUUGUUCUACCACAAAAGAGACCGUGUUUAGUAGUGAGGAACGAGGAGAAAGUCGUUCUACCACAAAAGCCUCUCUCUGCGAAUCUGCACCAGAAGCUGACUUGCAUGUAUUAUCACAAUCUUCAACCAGUGGCAAGCUUCAUUCCAGUUCGAAGAAAGUGGCGUUUGUGUCAAUAAAGAAUCCUAAAUUAGCACCUCAAAGUGUGCAAAGUAGUAUUUCUGUGUUAACUAGCGAUGCUAAGGCUAAAGCAUUCCAUUUCAUGGGAAAUGAAAGUGAUCAAACAAAAGAUGACAAAGGGGAUUCUCUUGCUAGUAUAUUUACUAAUGUAAAUUCAAAGGAUAGUCUUUUUUAACUGCUGAUGUUUUCAAAUGCAAAGAACAUUGAAAAUGUCUCGAUUCUUAUGAUGAAUCUUUCAGCGGUUACAUUACAGUAGAAAAACUUGAUUUAAUAUGAAAAGUCAUUCAAUGGCUUGUGUUUUGAAGGUAA